GCUCUCCUCUUUCUUCCUGCUUUUCCUAUCCCCGCCAGCCAGGCACAUUCCUAACCCGCCGAGGCGAGCAGCCAAGACUCCGCCCUUCUUGGGUCAUUCGGGUGCGGGUUGACUGUCAGCUGUUCACCUGGAAGUACGAUUCAGCACUUUGCAAAAAGCCAUUUUGAAAACCAACCUCGGUAAAAAGAACAGAAAAAAAAUGAAGAUUUCUAUUUUCACAGUUGAUGCCUUUACAGCUCAGCCCUUUUGUGGCAAUCCUGCAGCUGUUUGUCUUCUUGAAGAUGAGCUGGAAGAAGGUUUGCACCAAAAAAUUGCAACAGAAAUGAACCUUUCAGAAACAGCAUUCAUCAGAAAACUGCAUCCCACUGAUGAUUUUACCAAAAGUGCCUGUUUUGGAUUAAGGUGGUUUACACCAACAAAUGAGGUCCCUCUCUGUGGUCAUGCUACCCUGGCAUCAGCUGCUGUGUUAUUCCAUAUCAAGAAAAACAUUAAUCCAACCCUCACAUUCAUAACUCUGAGUGGAGAAUUAUAUGCCAGAGAAGCAACAGAUCAUAUUAUUCUGGACUUACCCCUUUACUUGACCUAUCCACAGGAUGUUCAGGAAGUGGAAGAGUUAGUUAAGGCAGCAACAGGUAAUAUGACUAUUCAAGACGUUUGCUAUUCUCCCGAUACAAAGAAGCUCCUCAUCUGCCUCAGUGAUGAUUAUGGAAGGUCUGAUUUGGAGAAGCUAAAAGUGAACGCCCAAGAACUUUUGCUUGCUGAGAAAACUGGAAGAGUAAAAGGAUUAAUAGUCACACUUAAGGGAAGCUUGCAUGGAAAACAUGAAAGUUAUGACUUUUACUCCCGCUAUUUUGCACCAUGGAAUGGAGUUUCAGAAGAUCCUGUCACAGGAUCUGCACAUGCUGUUUUAAGUAGCUACUGGUCACAACAACUGGGGAAGAACAAAAUGCGUGCAUUUCAGUGUUCUGCUCGUGGAGGAGAGCUGAAGAUUAUGCUCCGGAAUGAUGGAAGAGUAGACAUUGGGGGGCAAUCAACCAUUGUGCUAGAAGGCUUUUUGACCAUCUGAAGAAAAUAAAUACAAAUUUCUCCAUC